AUGUGCAAAGGGCAGGCUCACCGACGGAUAUGCCGUCACUGAUUUCAGGUCGUGGGAUUUCUGACUUCUGUAUAAAAAACCGAUUUGUUCUACAGUACACCGUCAUAGUAUGCGCUAUGCGUUAGACCUGUUUAUGAGUCGAAAACAACGUGUUUAAGUAGCCUCAGUAAAGACCAUUCCACAAAGCUGAGCUUAACGCGCUUAGCACUCCACCGCCUUGACGAAAUGGAGAAAAUCCUGGUAGUUGUCGUCCUGUUGGCCGGGCUGCUGGGCCUGGUCUGCGGCGGCUGUCCGCGUUACAUCCCCAACGGAAGACCCAUCGACAACUGCCACACCGACACCGACUGCAUUCGCCGCGGAUGGGGCAGCAUGUGCUGCAGCUACUGCGGCGCCAAUGGCUGCAACAGGUACUGCCGCGGAACCGGCUCCAACGGCGAUGCGGACAUUGGAGGCGGAAAUCGGCGCAAGCGAUCCACAGAGACGGUGCAGACCGAUAACGGGAACAACAGCACAAACGGACAAGCCUUGUGAUGGGAAGUGAUUAAUCAAGCGCACCGGGGUGUUCACUCUGCAGUGAUCCGUGAAUUGUAUCGUUGUUUUUCAUGCUUUGUGCACUUGACUCUAUAUAUUAAUACAAAGUGCUUGCUGUGCUGUAUUAACGCAUCUGAACUAUGCAUUACGCGGCAAUAAUAUGCAAGAACACUCAUACAUUUGAAGACGCUUUCGAGUCUUUUGCGAUGGCGCUCUUCGCUCACACGACAUAACCUAAAAGAUGUAAAUCUGAGAAAAAUAGCCAUCUUGGAUACUUUACAAGGACGCAGAAAGAGUCUCUUGUAAAAAUCGCACGUUAUGCUACGACAUAAUUUUCUUUUGGGAGUUGCGAGUU